ACGAGCUCGCGCACGUCUGCGUUGUGCUCAGUGGACUGAGAGAGAGUGAGGGAGAGAGAGAGAGAGAUAGAGCGAGAGAGUAGCAGAGCUUUGCAAUAGUCGUAGUGACCCGUUCCCACUCACGCGCCCCCUCCUCUUUAGCUAAAAUGUCAAAGUUGGACCAGGUACUCGUUCUCGAGCCCCCUUCCGACCUCAAAUUUAAAGGUCCAUUCACAGAUGUCGUCACGACCAACCUCAAGCUGAAGAACCCCUCCGAAAGAAGAGUGUGCUUCAAAGUCAAGACGACGGCGCCGCGCCGGUAUUGCGUACGGCCCAACAGCGGCAUCAUCGAAGCGGGAGCCGCCGUCAACAUCUCUGUUAUGCUACAGCCCUUUGACUACGACCCCAAUGAGAAGAGCAAACACAAAUUCAUGGUGCAGACAAUCUUCGCUCCACCCAACGUCUCUGACAUGGACUCUAUGUGGGGAGACGCAAAACCCGGUGACCUCAUGGAUUCCAAGUUAAGAUGCAUCUUCGAGUUGCCUUCUGAAAAUGAUAAGAUGAAUGACGCCGACUUGAGCAAAUCUGCCCCGGUGAUGAACUCCGCCAAGGCUGACCUGCCCUCAGCUGCCGCCGCCGCCGCCGCAGCAGCAGCACCAACCCCUGCCGUUUUGGCCAGCGCUUCUGCCUCAUCAUUGGAUGACAACGAGAUGAAGAAGUUGCUGGAGAAGUGUAAGCGGUUGCAGUCCGAGAUGGGCAAAAUGGCCGAGGAGAACCGGCAUUUAAAGGACGACGGCGCUCGCAUGAGGAAGAUGGCGCGCUCGGAUCACGUGAGCGCCUCCUCAGCCGCUUCGCUGCCCUCCCUCCUGGUGGUCAUCGCGGCCAUCUUCAUCGGCUUCUUCCUAGGGAAGUUCAUCUUGUAGACUCACGAGUUGGCGGCGGCGUCUCCGCGCUCCUCCUUCCUCUCGAACCAAGUGUUUGUGUUGACGUCUGCCAUAUCACCGACAGCGUGGGCAUCCGGGCCAACACGCGUGUACAAUAAAGGGGUUGCCUUUUUCCCCUCCCCCUCCCCCCACACGGUUAAGUGCGCGCAAGCGUCCAGAAAGCAAAGGUGAAGAAAGUCUUUUUUUUUUUUUU